GCAGAGUAACAUGUUGCCUCGGUGAGCAGAGGCUGCCAGCUCUCCAUCACCAAUCAGAAGCAGAUAAACCUGGACGGGAGAAGAGCUGAAGUCUCAGGCUCUUUCCUCAAACAAGCCUCUGUGGCAGCAGCAGCAGCAGCAGCAGCAGCAGCAGCAGCAGCAGCAGCAGCAGCAGCAGCAGCAGCAGCAGCAGGACUGGUUUUCACACUGUCCUGACUCAGUUUGUCACCUCCAGAGAGAAGGAGCGGCAGAAGAUGCGACAGGAGCUGCAGGAGCUGGAAAGUUGGCUCUCCUGAUCAUCGCUCCUUCGAGGCUGAGACAAACUUUUUUUUUCUUUUAGGGCGAGGAAGAAGACAGGCAGCAGUGGACUUUCCCUCUCAGGAGGCGGUGGGUGAGAAAACAUUUCUCACCCCUGCUGGAUUAUCUCCUUUUUUUUAAGUUUCUUUUAUUUAUUUUUUUAAAAGUUUUUUUUCUUUUACUGUCAGGGAAAACAGCCCCCUCCCAUCCAAUCACCCAGCCACUGGCAGCUCCCCAUGUGGCAGGAGGCUCUGUGGACCCGCGGACGCUACCUGCUGGAGAAGAACGAUGGAGGUGAGGGCGCCGAGGGGCCCGAGGGCCUGGGGGACGGGUGCCCCGGGUUCCAGGGCGAGGCGUGCCUGGAGGGCGAGAAGCCUCAGGACUGGCUGUACGAGUCGUACUACAGGAUGAGCCAGCAGCAUCCGCUGAUCGUGUUCCUGCUGCUGAUCGUCAUGGGAACCUGCCUGGCGCUGCUGGCCGUGUUCUUCGCUUCAGGACUGAACACAGAGGAUCACUUGACGUUCCUGAUUGCGGUGCCCACAGCGCUCUUCCUCUUCCUGUCAAUCUUCAUCCUUGUCUGCAUCGAAUCUGUCUUCAAGCGGAUGCUGCGCCUCUUCUCUCUGCUAAUAUGGGCCUGUCUGGUCACCAUGGGCUACCUGUUCAUGUUCUCGGGAGGCAGACUCAGUCCGUGGGACCAGGUGUCCUUCUUCCUGUUCAUCGUGUUUGUGGUCUACACUAUGCUGCCCUUCUCCAUGAAAUGGGCCAUUAUCGCCAGCGGUCUGACCUGCCUCUCGCACACUGUCACCCUCAGCAUCUGUCUGACCUCCACUGUCACUGAACUGGAACCUCUAGUCUGGCAGGUCCUGGCCAACAUCAUCAUCUUCACCUGUGGGAACCUGGCCGGGGCGUACCACAAGCAUCUCAUGGAGCUGGCCCUCAAACAGACCUAUCAGGACACCUGCAACUGCAUCAAGUCUCCCAUCAAACUGGAGUUUGAGAAGCACCAACAGGAGCGUUUACUGCUGUCCUUACUGCCUGCUCACAUAGCCCGAGUGAUGAAAGCUGAGAUCAUCCAGAGGCUGCAGGGACCCAACUUCGGUCGAACCGAGAGCACCAAUAACUUUCACAACCUCUAUGUGCAGCGGCACACCAACGUCAGCAUUCUGUAUGCAGACAUUGUGGGCUUCACCAGGUUGGCCAGUGACUGCUCUCCAGGAGAACUCGUUCACAUGCUGAAUGAACUUUUUGGCAAAUUUGACCAAAUUGCAAAGGAAAACGAGUGCAUGCGGAUCAAGAUCCUGGGCGACUGCUACUACUGCGUGUCCGGGCUGCCCGAGUCGCUGCCGAACCACGCCAGGAACUGCGUGAAGAUGGGCCUGGAUAUGUGUGAGGCCAUCAAAAAAGUCCGAGAUGCCACCGGGGUGGACAUCAACAUGCGCGUCGGCGUCCAUUCUGGAAACGUCCUCUGCGGCGUGAUCGGACUCCGCAAGUGGCAGUACGACGUGUGGUCACACGAUGUAACGCUAGCCAAUCAUAUGGAGGCGGGAGGAGUGCCGGGGAGGGUCCACAUCUCUUCUGUGACGCUGGAGCAUCUGAAAGGCUCCUACAAGGUGGAGCCUGGAGACGGGCAGAGCAGAGACUCGUACCUGAAGGAGCACAACGUGGUCACCUACUUGGUUAUCAACCCUAAGACUGAAAGGCACAGCCCACUGCUAAGCGUGCGCUCUCGACCCUCUCUGGACGCUGGGAAGAUGAGGGCGUCAGUCAGGAUGACACGGUACCUGGAGUCCUGGGGAGCUGCUAAACCCUUCGCCAAUCUCCACCAUCGAGACAGCAUGACCACAGACAAUGGCAAGAUCAACACUACAGACGUCCCAAUGGGGCAGUAUUACCUCCAGAGACGAGAGAGAUCCAAGUCUCAAAGGAAAAGGUUCGAAGAGGAGCUCAACGAACGGAUGAUUCGCACCAUCGAUGGCAUCAACUCACAGAAACAGUGGAUGAAAUCCGAGGACAUCCAGAGGAUCUCAUUGUUCUUUCACAACAAAGCUCUGGAGAAAGAGUACAGAUCCACUACGCUACCUGCCUUCAAGUACUACGUCACCUGUGCCUGCCUCAUAUUCUGCGGCAUAUUCGUGGUGCAGGUCCUCGUCUUGCCCAAAACUGCCGUGCUGGGGAUCUCCUUCGGCCUGACUUUCCUGUUUUUGGCUUUGAUCCUGCUGCUCUGCUUCGCCAGUCACAUUCUGCAGGGAGGGAAGGGCUCGGUCUGCUCCCUUCCAUGGCUCCCGACUUCCUCUCGCAUCAUUGUCACCAACAACCCCUGGCUGCGAUUGGUCCUCACCAUGACGACCACCGCUCUCAUCCUGGUGAUGGCCGUGUUCAACAUGUUUUUCAUGGAGGAUCCUGGAGGAUCUGUGGACGACAUCCUGCCGACUUCUCCCUCCCUCCUGAAUCUAACCAACAACAGCCUGUCUGACAGCACAGAGAGAGACUCGGACAAAAACAAGUUUUAUCUGCCGUACUUCAUCUACUGCUGCAUCCUGGGCCUGGUCUCGUGCUCAGUGUUCCUCAGGAUUAACUAUGAACUGAAGAUGAUGGUGAUGCUGGUUGCCGUGGUGAUCUACAACAUCAUCAUCCUCCAGACGCACGCCACUCUGCUGGAUGGCUUUAGCAAAGCCAUGUACUCCACAGAUCAGCUGGACAGACCGGGGGUCCUGAAGGAUCUGAAGACCAUGGGUUCUGUGUCUCUGUUCAUCUUCUUCAUCACCCUGCUGGUGUUAGCCAGGCAGAAUGAAUAUUACUGUAGGCUGGACUUCCUGUGGAGGGACAAGUUCAAGAGGGAGUGCGAGGAGAUCGAAACCAUGGAGAACCUAAACCGUGUUCUGCUGGAGAAUGUCUUGCCAGCUCACGUCGCAGAGCACUUCCUGGGACGCAACUGGAAAAAUGAGGACCUUUAUCAUCAGUCGUACGAGACCGUGUGCGUGAUGUUCGCCUCCAUCCCAGACUUCAAAGAGUUUUAUACAGAGUCUGAUGUCAAUAAGGAAGGACUGGAGUGCCUCCGACUUCUCAAUGAGAUCAUAGCAGACUUUGAUGAGCUGCUGUCCAAGCCCAAGUUCAGCGGCGUGGAGAAGAUAAAGACCAUUGGCAGCACCUACAUGGCCGCGACUGGUCUUAAUGUGACGCCAGGACCUGAGAGUACGCAGGAACAUGACAGACAGUACAUGCACAUAGGCACAAUGGUGGAGUUUGCCUUUGCUCUUGUUGGGAAGCUAGACGUAAUCAACAAGCACUCUUUUAAUGACUUCAAACUCCGUAUUGGCAUAAACCAUGGGCCAGUUAUUGCAGGAGUCAUUGGAGCCCAGAAACCUCAGUAUGAUAUCUGGGGAAACAGUGUUAAUGUGGCCAGUAGGAUGGAGACCACUGGGGUGUUGGGGAAAAUACAGGUAACAGAGGAGACGAGUGGCAUCUUAACAAGUCUCGGGUACAUGUGUUCAUGUCGUGGCAUCAUCAACGUAAAAGGCAAGGGUGACCUGAAGACCUACUUUGUUCACACAGAGAUGACCAGAUCUCUGUCACAGGGGACCGUGAUGCCUUGAACGCCACACAAACUGAACAAACUGACAUUAAAAACACUUGUGCUCAAAAAAAAAAAAGAGAGACAGAAUGAUGCUGUAAGUAAAACCCAUUAUUAGAAGCCAGCAGUGCAAUGGAUGGACAGUUGUCAAGAACCACUUUUUUUAAAUUGAUUUAUUUUUUUGUUCUUCGCGGCUCGUUGUGGGAACGUGGUCCAGGUGCGCCUCCACAGCCCUUCAACGCGGCACUCCACGGGUGGCUUUCACCGCUCGAGUGUAACAAGGACUUCCCUCUGAGGAGUCGCUUCACUGUCAAAAAGGAGUGCCUGACUGAAGAGAGGUUUGCUGAAUUAGUGCAGCUCUCAAGGACCACAGUCACCCAGCUGUAAAAUAGUAGUGAUGUGGAGGUGAUUACCCAUGCCGGUGUUGCAGUGCUUCACAGCCUUAUACUUGAGCAAACUGAGCUGCCUGUCGAGCUGAUUUUUGUUUUGUUUUGUUUUUUUUUAUCUCCACAUGGUCGGCACUGGGAAUGGUUUCAUUCCAAGUUGAUGUUACAAUAGUUUUUUUAUCAUAUAGAGCUGUCGAUGCCAACAAAUCGUCAGCGUGCUGGGUAGUGCGCCAAAAGCCUGUGAUUGUAUUUAUAGCUUUAUAGCUGCGUUUGUAUCCCACACGAACAGGUGGAAUCAGUCAAUCAAUAGAAGAAUGUUUCAGUUUUUUAUAUAUUUCAUCUGGAGCCAAACCAACAGCAUGUCUGUAAAUGUCCAUUGUCAGUAUUUUGUUAUGCAUUAAAGAUUUGUAUAUAAUUGA